AUGGGGAACCACGUGGGGAAGCGCGCGUUGACCGUGGAGAAGUCCACUAAGGAGGCCGACACUCACAGAGGAGAACUCAAGAGGAAGAGGAACCUCCAAGAACUGGCACAGAGCACCUCUGAAGACAACGAGGUGUUUGGAGAGCCAGAUGCGAGCCACAACAAUGGGGCCUCGGCUAGGGACACGGUGGUGACAGACUCCACGAGCGCAGCCGACCCCAAGAAUGCCUGGCAGGACGCCCGCCCAGCUGACCCCAGGGGCCGCCCCCACUUGGUCCGCCUCUUUUCCCGAGAUGCCCCGGGCCGGGAGGACAACACCUUCAAAGACAGGCCCUCCGAGUCCGACGAACUCCAGACCAUCCCAGAAGACAGCACCGCAGCUCCGCAGGACACUGACGUGAUGGCGUCCCAGAAGAGGCCCUCCCAGCGGCACGGCUCCAAGUACCUGGCCACAGCGAGCACCGUGGACCAUGCCCGCUAUGGCUUCCUGCCCCGGCACAGGGACACCGGCUUCCUCGACUCCAUCGGCCGCUUCUUCAGUGGCGACAGGGGUGCGCCCAAGCGGGGCUCUGGCAAGCAGGUGCCGUGGCUCAGGCAGAGCAGGAGCCCUCUGCCCUGCAGCACCCGCAGUCAGCCUGGGCUGUGCAGCAUGUACAAGGACCACGCGAGAACUGCCCACUACGGCUCCCUACCCCAGAAGUCAACACAUGGCCGGCCUCAAGAGGAGAAUCCUGUACUUCACUUCUUCAAGAACAUUGUGACGCCGCGCACGCCCCCUCCGUCACAGGGGAAGGGCGCCGAGGGCCAGAAGCCCGGGUUUGGCUAUGGGGGCAGAGUGUCCGAUUACAAGUCGGCCCACAAGGGCCUCAAGGGCGCUGACGCACAAAGCACGCUGUCCAGGCUCUUCAAGCUGGGGGGAAGAGACAGUCGCUCCGGAUCGCCCAUGGCCAGACGCUGAAGCCCAGCCACCUACAGAGCCCCCAGCCCGCUUCCUAACACCACCGCCUUAACGCCUUAACAGCACACCCUGCCAGCUAGCUGCCUGGAGCAGCCCAUCGCCCUAACCUCCCGGGGGCCACACUCGGAGGAACCCAGGCGAUGGUGCCUCGCGCUGCCCGGCCACGUGCUCACGCGUGCCCCCACCCCCGGCGGCCGGCAGCGACCGCAGCCCUGGACUUUGUUUCUGUCCCUCCCCUUCCCCUGCUUGGGCCGAGCACUGCCUGCAGGACACCCCACCAGUCCAGGAGCGGUGCGAGGGCAUGACUGUGUGAUCCACGCUUCCUUUGUUUUUUGUUUUCCCCUGCCACUUCGCUCACCUCCUAAAGUCAGUUUGAGUUUUCCCUAACAGGAUUAGACAGUCACAGAGUGGUUUACUGCGUUGCGGGAGCUUUUGGCAAGUGGAUGCAGGCCGGGCAGCUGUGAGAGUCCAUGGUGGGGCAGCACAGAGAGGGGCGCGGCUGCCCCCCACACCCCGAUUGGCUGAAUUGGUGCGUGGCAGAGGGAGGAGCGGGAGGCAGGUGUGGACUGGGCACUGGCCCCCCAGACAGGAACCGGGGACCCCUGGGGCCCUCAGGAGGCACCCCGGCUUCCUGAGCAGAGCCCAUGGGUCCAGCGGGACUUGCGUCGUGGAGCAGGACUGCAGGCGUUCUCUGGUGGCCUGGCGGUGUCUCGCUGGUCACCUUCCAAAGUGGCCGUGACCUCAGGUGGACGGCCCACGGCAGUGCU